GCCGUCAAUGUGCAUCCAUGCUCCCUAACGAGUCGUCCGGAUGCAAUUUGUCUGAUUCAAGCCAUCUUUAGCACGUCAGUCACGAUCCAUCGCGACAUACGAAUAUAUAACCGAUGCCACUGGAUUAUUUUGGAAAUCGCCCUACCUCAAUUAAAAAAACGACCACGCAGUGCCAUUGCACGUUACACACCCGCCGAUCUGGAAGGUUGCCGUUGCCGGGUGACCUAAUCGUUCUGAUCCUGUUUAUAAAAGCUGGGUAGCAACCCAAGUUUCUGAAGGUUCAAUCGUCGUUGCAGAUAUCGCAGCGCACCUAUCGCCACGAAUCCCGCUAUGUUCUUCAACGUGGUCGCUGCUUUUCUUACAGUCGCUAUAGGAUUGAUACCAGCCAAUGCUGAGACGCACACCGUUACCUUCACAAAUAGAUGCGGUUAUGGCACUCCGUACCUGAGGGCGGAAAACGGGGCUGUCUUAUCUACCGGCGGUGCCUAUACCAGCAACGGACCGCUCAUCGGUGCUAUUGCCUAUCUUCAGACCGGUAACUGCGGCAAUAAUGGAGAGGGCUGUACGCUGGUCGAGACGACGCUCGAGAAUGGGAGGAGCAGUACCGAUAUAUCCUUGGUCUAUCCGCAUGAGUUCCAUGUGACCAGCGGCUUUGGCUACUACGGCGGCUGUGACGGUGCUGGAGCAGACUGCAAGAGCGCGGACUGCGGCACCGCCUUCCACCAUUCCGGCGACACUUGGGUACAAGUUGGGUGCUCUGCUAAUAACGAAAAUCUUGCAAUCACGUUCUGCGACUAG